AAUUAUCGAAUUAUGUAUAUCUUGUCAGGAUUUUAAGGUCUUUUUCUACAGUCAGCUGGGGUGGUACACACUGAACACAUAUGGCUGAUAAGGAACAAUUAGUAAAGAAGAGCAAGGACGAAAAUGAUGAUUCCCAAGAUAUCAAAAUCGUUAUCAAUGAUGGUCAUGGAGGAACAGAAUUGGAGGAAGUUCCUGGCAUGUCAGGAGAGGGGAAACCUAAUGUAUCAUGUUCACAGGAUGAAAAAAAAUGGUUAGACUGUGUGGAAGAAAGGUUUACGAAAAAAGUUGACGAACAUGGCAGAAUCCAAUUUGAUGAUUUCCAAGAUGUUAUGGGGGUCAGAGAGUCCUUCUUCGCUGACCGCUUUUUCAGUCUGUUUGACACUGAUAAGAAGGGCAGUAUUGAGAUCAGCGUACUGAUGGACGGACUGCGGAACCUGACCAAUGGAUCGCCCGUCCAGAAACUCAAAUUCGUCUUUGAUGUCUAUGAUAUAGAUGGAUCUGGUGAAAUAGAACGCGAUGAGCUGAAGACGAUUCUUACCACGUGUAUGGAGGAAAGUUCUCUAUAUUUUGGGGAAGAACAUUUGAACGACCUAACAGACGCCAUGUUUGAAGCCGCGGGCAAAACCGGAAGUGACAGCAUCACGUUCCAAGAUUUGAGGAAGGCUCUAGAAAAACAUCCUAGCAUGACUGAGACCUUGACCUUGAGUGCGACUCAAUGGUUUGGAUCGGCAACGCCUGCGAAGAAAACAGAAAAGAGCUGGAGACACAAGUUCACCUGGAAGUACUUCCGGAACAAUUUGCGGAAGAUAAUGUUCGUGAUCAUUUUUAUCCUGAUUAAUAUCGCGAUCACUGUUUAUACCGUACUAGAGGUUCUGGAAAAGGCUUCUGAUGAUAUAGCCUUGACCAUCUUUAGAUUGGCUGCUGGAAUCUUUGGAAUGCUUCUAAACUUCAACUGCAUGCUUGUCCUGAUUUUGGUUCUCCGGAAGUGCCACACCCUGAUAAGAUCCACCCCUCUUGCUGCGAUACUUCCUCUAGAUCAACACAUUACUUUUCACAAAAUGGUCGGAGCUGUCAUUGGCGUAUGCGCCAUAUUCCAUUCUGCUGGAGCAAUUGGGACUGCGUAUAUAAAAUCUGAAAUGCCAACAAGUAAUAAUACCAUUGUGACAAUACUGUUUACUACGAAGAUACCAAUGGGCUUGAUUCCAGGAUCGACCUAUAUCACGGGAUGGGCUCUGUUGGCAGUUCUGACUGUUAUGAUCAUUUUCUCACUUCCGUUUGUUAGGAAAAGUGGUCACUUUGAGGUUUUCUACUGGACUCACAUGUUGUACAUACCGUUCUGGAUUCUCUUAAUUAUACAUGCACCGACCUUCUGGUACUACUUUAUCAUGCCCGGAGUGUUAUUUGUCAUCGAGAAGAUCAUUGGCUCCAAGCUGUUUAAGAGAGUCCAUUAUGGCCGAACCUUUAUCACAGAAGUUUGUCUUCUGCCUUCUGGGGUUUGUCAUUUGGUUAUUACUCGCCCUGAGAACUUCCAGUUUCAGCCUGGUGACUACAUUUUUAUACAAAUUCCGGAUAUUGCACAUUUUGAAUGGCAUCCGUUCACCAUAAGUAGUGCUCCGGAAAUGAAAGGUCACAUCUGGAUUCACGUACGGUCAUUAGGUCACUGGACUAAGCGCCUGUAUGAUUAUUUCUCUGCAUUGGACCCCAUAAAAGAAAAACCAGAUCCAAACGUGAUGAAACGAAGAACUCUAGCCAUCAGCCAGGCCAGAGCUUCCUGGUGGCCAAACAAACGACAAUCUCAAUACAGACCGAAGGAUAAGGAAGAGCUAAAAGCCGAGAAAAGAAUGGCACAAGUUAUGAAAAAGGUUCAAGUUAGGUGUUACAUUGACGGGCCGUACGGGACAGCCACAAGAGAAAUCUUUGAGACAGAACACGCUGUGUUGAUUGGAGCCGGUAUAGGGGUCACACCUAUGGCCUCCAUUCUACAGAGCGUCAUGUACAGAUACAAAGAAUCCAAGAGAACCUGUCCUAAAUGUCAUCACAGCUUUUAUGGUGUUAUACCCGAAUCGGCUAUGAACCUCAAGAAGGUGAAUUUUAUAUGGAUAAAUCGGGAUCAGAAAAGUUUCGAGUGGUUCGUAGGCCUCCUAAAUAAAAUCGAAAAAGAGCAAAUCGACGUAGCUUUCGAGAAAGGCAAGGAAAUGGAGAAAGUGAUUGACAUUCAGCUCUAUUUGACAGCUGCCAAGACGAAGAGUGACAUUAGAGGGGCGGGGCUUCAGAUGGCCCUCAGUAUAAUACAUAGAAGGGACAAGAAGGAUCUGAUCACAGGGCUAUCUACACGAACACAAGCUGGGCGCCCGAACUGGAACGAGAUAUUUGGGAAGAUUUCGGAGGAAAGGAAGGGAAACGUAAAGGUCUUUUUCUGCGGUCCUCCACAGCUUGGAGGAAUAGUGAAGAAGAAAUGCAUGACAUUUGGUUUCAAAUUUAGAAAAGAAAAUUUCUAAUACUACAGUACUUCUAUGGUUCUUGACGAUCAUGACUUAUACACUGUACAGUUAACUUCGGUAUUUCGAAUACGAAUAUCUCAAAUAUCAUGUAUAUGAAGUUCCAACUACUGUAAAUGUAUUUAGCGCGUACGAUAUUUGACUGAAAUUGAUUUUUGAAUGUGUUAGCGUAUAUUUGAUUUAGCGCAUUUCUCAAUGUUAUUAUUUAUAUAUGAGCAAGACAUUUAGCGUUGUACUUGAAUUAGCGGAAGUCCCUUUCCGUCAAAAGCGCUAAAAAGAAUACACAGCCAAAUGUAACACGUUUUCAGUAUCUAUUUCUUCAGUACUUUUCAUUUAAAAUGAAAUCCUUAAAUUCUUUCAUUUGGUAAUGAAAUUUAUAACGUAUAUCUUUGAAUUAUAAAGAAAAUUUUAUUACUUUAAAAACCUGUCAAUGAAACUACUAUAGUGAAUGAAAAUUCUAAUGAAUAGCUACUCGUUUCAUAUCUAUAAUGUCAAAUUAAUUAUUCUUUUCUUUUUCAAAUUGUUUUACCUUACCUUCAGAACUAUUUAUACAUGUAAUGGAAACAAUCUAAAUGUUCUCAAUUAUUUCCAUUUUAAUACGAACAACAGAAAUGUCCAUAACUUCCUCAAAUUAAUUUUUUUAACUUAGAUAUUCUGUUUUUGGAUACAGAAUCUUCUUUGUACGACUUUCUAAGGCUCCUCAAUGGUCCAAAUUUUAGGUCAUGAUCAAUGAUUAAUUUAUAGUUCAGGAUAUUUUAUAUAGUUCAAGAUAUUUUUGUAAGAAUGAACUUCAAGUUUGUUUGUUGGUGUAGGAUUUUAAUAGUGGGUGUGCAAUGAAACAUGUAUCUGUAUGUAUUAUAAACAUGCGGUUAUUUAUGCCUUUGCUUGUAGUUAUAACUAAUGCUAGAAAUGUAUAUUGCUUUAUCGAUAUUUGAAAAAUAAAUAUACUGCCAUUGUC